UAGCAACAUUGUCACAUGUGGCCUAGCAGUGUAUGUAGCGGUGGCUAUCGUGCAUUGGCACUGUAAAAUAUAAAUAAAUAGCCGGCUCAUUCAUUCCGCUAUGCCUCCAAAGAAACCUGCUCCAGCCGUGGGAAAUAAAAAGACCCAAGAGAAGAAGAAGGAAAAGAUAAUCGAGGACAAGACAUUUGGGUUGAAAAACAAGAAGGGAGCCAAACAACAGAAGUUCAUAAAGAAUGUCACUCAUCAAGUCAAGUCUGGUGGUCCACCAGGCGCUAAGGGCACAGAGGUAGGGAAAAAGGGAGACAAGAAGAAGGAGUUGGAGGAGCUGAAUGAGCUGUUCAAGCCUGUGGUGGCUGCUCAAAAGGUUGCCAAAGGUGUGGACCCCAAGUCGGUGCUCUGUGCCUUCUUCAAGCAGGGCCAGUGCACCAAGGGAGACAAGUGUAAGUUCUCUCAUGACCUGACCCUGGAGAGGAAGUGUGAAAAACGCAGCCUGUAUGUGGACGAGAGAGAUGACGAGCUGGAGAAAGACACCAUGGACACCUGGGAUGAGAAGAAGCUGGAGGAGGUCAUCAACAAGAAACACGGAGAGGCGGAGAAGAAGAAAGCAAAAACUCAGAUUGUCUGCCGCUACUUCCUGGAUGCCAUAGAGAACAACAAGUACGGCUGGUUCUGGGUGUGUCCUGGUGGGGCGGACAUCUGCAUGUACCGCCACGCUCUCCCGCCCGGCUUCGUCCUGAAGAAGGACAAGAAGAAGGAGGAGAGGGAAGACGAGAUCUCCCUGGAGGAGCUGAUAGAGAAUGAGCGUUCAGCCCUGGGAGCCAACGUGACUCGCAUUACGCUGGACACCUUCCUGGCGUGGAAGAGGAGGAAGAGGCAGGAGAAGGUGGCAAAGGCGGAGGAGGACAUGGAGAAGAAGAAGGCCGACUUCAAGGCCGGGCGCUCGUUUGGGGUGAGCGGUCGCGAGGUGUUCGAGUUCCGUCCCGAGCUGGUGGACGACGACGACGAGGAGGCGGACGACACGCGCUACGCCCGGGGAGACGACGAGGACGAGGAGGACGAUGCGUCAGAGGAGGUGGAAAACAAUGGCGAGUUCCAGGACAUAGACCUGGCCCGCUUCGUUCCUCAGGAGGUAGACAACACAGGCAUCACCGUGGCAGCGGUGGACAGAUUCACCUCCAAGCGCCGACCGACACAGGAAACAGAUGACGACCAGAUGAACGGAGCGUGUGGGGGAGAGGAGAACGGUCUUCAUGGUGACGAGGAUGAGGAGGUGGAGGUGGAGCAGGAGGACGUUCCUGUAGAUGAGAACCUGUUCACAGAAGACCUGGAUGAGCUGGACGAGGAGCUCAACACACUGGACUUGGAUGAUUGACCUGACCAGCUGCCUGACUUGACUUGCUGACCAAUUGACGAGUUGACUGACUUCAUGGAUUGACUGACUGACUUGCUGGCUUACUGACUUGCUGGCAUAAUCGAGGAUUGUAGAGCACCCCUCAUGGACUAUGAAUGAGCAGAGAGAGAGAGAGAGAGAAAGAGAGAGAGAAAAAAACUUAACUAAAGAGAUUCACAAUAAACAUGCUGAUGAUCACA